UCACACAAACCAGAUACUCACAUCUUAAUAUGGCAACUCUCGUUUUUCACCUAAUCGCUAUCCUCUUCACUACAACUUCUCCACUCCUCGUAAACGCAAUCUCCGACUGCACCGGUCCAUGCAACAACGGCGACGACUGCUCCGGCGCGCUCAUCUGCGUCAACCAACAAUGCACCGACGAUCCCGACGUCGAAACUCCUCCUAUAUGUGAAUUAGCCUCGUCAACCCCAGACCAAGUCGACGACACAUGCGGGCCCACCGGCUCCCUCACUUGCGGCGACCAAUCCUACACCACCUACACUUGCUCGCCGGCAGUGAGCGCCUCCACGGCCGCCGUUCUGACGCUGAACGACUUCAGCCAAGGCGGCGACAGGGGAGCGGAGUCGAGCUGCGACGAGAAGUUCCACGAGAGCUCAGAGCUUGUGGUGGCGUUGUCGACUGGGUGGUUCAGUGGGGGUUCGAGAUGCUCGCGGGAGAUAAGGAUUGAUACGAGCAAUGGGAGGAGCGUGGUGGCGAGAGUGGUGGAUGAGUGUGAUUCUGUGAAUGGGUGUGAUAAGGAGCAUGCGGGUCAGCCACCGUGUGAGAAUAAUGUGGUGGAUGGCUCGGCGGCUGUGUGGGAUGCUUUGGGGCUCGACCAGGAGCUGGGGAGGGUCGAUAUUAGUUGGUCCAUGGCUUAGGGCUAGUUAUUGAAUAAUUGUAAGACUCUGCUGAUUGUUAUUGCGAGCCUUUUCGAAUAAAAGUUUCCUGGGAAUUAAAUGGGGUUAAUUAUCAAAUUGGGCACUCACUUCACACCGAUAUAUCAUCCGGGGCACUCUCGAAUUUUAGGUCUCAUUUGAAACACCGUUUUCAGAAAUUGUAUCAGGCUUAAAAAUAAAAUGUUAAAUUCGAAAACAAAUCGACAGUUUAAGAAGGGUUACUCAUGGGGUUUUAACACGGUAGGCUAUAGAGAUUAUGUAGGUACAAUUAAUUGAAUUUCUGCUUCCAAAAAAUGGGUAAAAUUGAUGGUGGAAGAUAUAUAGCCAUUUUUUGAACGCGGAAAUUCAAUUAAUGGUACCUAUAUAUUCUUUAUAGCCUACUGUGUUAGAUUCCCAUGAGUAAGACAUCUCAAACUGUCGAUUUGUUUUUGAAUUUAACAUUUUACUUUUAAGACUGAUACAAUUUCUGAAAACAGUGUUUCAAAUGAAACCAAAAAUUCGAGAGUGCUCCAGAUGAUAUAUUGAUGUGAAGUGAGUGCCCAAUUUGAUAAUUA